UCCAGGUCCAUCCAGCGCCCCUCCCUCCCUCCUCCCACCAAGUGAAAUCUGAAAAGCCCUAGCCUCCCCUCCGCUCCCCCCGAUCCGCCGCCGCCAUGGCCGCUCCCGCCGUCGCCGCCGCGCCGUCGGCCCGCAAGGGCGAGACCUACACCGACACCAAGCGCCGCGACGACGUGCGCGGCGCCAACAUCGCGUCCGCGCGCUCGGUCGCCGACGCGGUGCGCACCUCCCUCGGGCCCCGCGGCAUGGACAAGAUGAUCUCCUCCGGCGACCAGGAGGUCAUCAUCACCAACGACGGCGCCACCAUCCUCUCCCGCAUGUCCCUCCUCCAGCCCGCCGCCCGCAUGCUCGCCGAGCUCUCCCGCUCGCAGGACGCGGCGGCCGGCGACGGCACCACCACCGUCGUCGUCAUCGCCGGGGCCCUGCUCCGCCGCGCGCAGUCGCUCCUCGCGGCCGGCGCCCACCCCACCGCCGCCGCCGACUCCCUCCACCGCCUCGCGGCCCGCGCCGUCCAGGUCCUCGAGGGCAUGGCCAUCCCCAUCGAGCUCACCGACCGGGACUCCCUCGUCAAAUCUGCCUCCACCGCGCUCAACUCCAAGGUCGUCUCCCAGUACUCCGGCCUCCUGGCCCCGCUCGCUGUCGACGCCGCCCUCUCCGUGGUCGAUCCCGCCCACCCGGAGCUUCUUGAUCUCCGCGACAUCCGCAUCAUAAAGAAGCUCGGCGGCACCGUGGAUGACACCGAGCUUGUCCGCGGCCUCAUCUUUGACAAGAAGGCCAGCCAUGCUGCCGGGGGGCCAUCUAGGAUCGAGAAUGCCAAGAUCGCUGUCAUCCAGUUUCAGAUCUCACCGCCCAAGACUGAUAUUGAGCAGAGCGUCAUCGUGUCAGACUAUGCGCAGAUGGACCGCAUUCUCCGUGAGGAGCGGAAUUACAUCCUAGGGAUGGUCAAGAAGAUCAAGGCGUCUGGAUGCAAUGUCCUCCUCAUCCAGAAGAGCAUCUUGCGUGAUGCGGUGACUGAGUUGUCGCUGCACUAUCUCGCAAAGGCCAAGAUUCUGGUGGUCAAGGAUGUAGAGAGGGACGAGAUUGAGUUUAUCACCAAGACUCUCAACUGCCUGCCAAUUGCCAACAUUGAGCAUUUCCGUGAGGAUAAACUUGGGUAUGCUGAUGUUGUCGAGGAAGUGUCUGCCGGAGAUGGCAAGAUUGUCAAGAUCACUGGCAUCAGGGACAUGGGGAGGACCGCAACUGUGCUUGUCCGUGGGUCCAACCAGUUGGUUAUUGAUGAGGCUGAUCGCAGUCUCCAUGAUGCCCUCUGUGUCAUCAGGUGCUUGGUGAACAAGAGGUUUUUAAUUGCCGGUGGUGGUGCUCCAGAAAUAGAAAUGUCAAUGCAACUGGCUGCUUGGUCAAAGGAGCUCCACGGGAUGGAGAGUUACUGCAUCAAGGAGUUUGCUGAUGCACUUGAGGUCAUCCCUUACACAUUGGCAGAGAAUGCAGGGCUCAACCCAAUCGCCAUUGUUACCGAGCUAAGGAACCGUCAUGCCAAGGGUGAGAAGAACACGGGCAUCAAUGUGAGGAAAGGCCAGAUCACAAACAUCCUGGAGGAGAAUGUCGUGCAGCCGCUGCUUGUGAGCACGAGCGCCAUCUCGCUGGCGUGCGAGUGCGUUAGGAUGAUCUUGAAGAUUGAUGAUAUAGUCACUGUAAGGUAAAGCCCCUAGGGCGGAUGAUCCUUUUUAGGGCUGUAUUUUUCUGUGUGGGGGUGAUGACCACUUUGGCCUGCCUGGUGCUAUCUGGCUUGUUGUGUUACGUAGGUGCACUGAGUUACAAUUUUAUUUGUGAACGGUGGCUCUUUGAUGUGUUAUGAUUUUGUGGCUUUGGUGUUUGCUCUAGAUAUUGAUGUUGUAUCAGUAAGAAGCAUCCAACAUUCUCCAGCAACAAUAUGCACAAUUAACUCUAAA